AUGAAUUGGCUGGUCAAUAUAAAUGCCAGGGUCAAGCCGGUGUCGAUGAGCGCGCCAAACAGGAUGGAACAGUUGCAGAAAAAAACUGGCAAGGAAGACGAAGCAAAAGAAAGCAAGUACAGAGGAGUACGAAGGCGGCCGUGGGGGAAGUUCGCGGCAGAGAUUCGAGAUUCGAACAGGCACGGAGCUCGAUUGUGGCUGGGCACUUUCAACACGGCAGAAGAAGCGGCAAGAGCCUAUGAUCGUGCUGCUUUCGGGAUGAGAGGGCCUUCGGCCAUUCUCAACUUCCCAGAAGAAUACGGUUUGAGCAGUGCAGGGAGUGCCUGUUCUAGUAGUGGCCACCUGCAUCGCUCUUCAUCGUCGUCUGCUUCGUCGUCGUCUUCAAUGGCGGAAGCUCAGGGUGGAAGACAGGUGUUCGAAUUCGAGUGUUUGGAUGAUAAAUUGCUAGAGGACCUUCUUGACUAUUCGACCAAGAACGAAGAGUAAAGGCUGGCCUACUUCCUGCAAGGAUCCGGCCGUUACUUCGUUUUCGUUCUCACUUUUAGAGACCUGGCCCUACACUUUCUUUUAUUUUUUUUUCUUUUUGGAAUAAGUUUGAAUAGUGUUGGAUGUAGAAGGCUAGGUCAAUGAUGUAUUUGUACAGUUAGUAUGACCUUCUUAAUCUUGAUCUUUUAUUUUCAAUUACUUUAUAAAUGAUGUCCUUUUCUUUUGGCAUCAA